CCCAUUGUUUACAAAUGAACUCGGAUGGCUUGUUGGUUUACUGCUGAGCGGCGUGGUGAGAGCGAGGAGCAGCAGAAGCAGCAGCCCGGCGGCUCUCAAGUCAUACCGAGAACAAAAACACUGAAAAAGCCCACUCACAGAAACUCGACAACGUAUCCGCCAUUAUGCCGUGUCGGAAGGAGAACUACAUCUUUCUGGAGCAGUCGGUUACGGUCGGCUCCAAAGAAGUGGACGCGCUGGUUACGAAGAUCGGCGAGGCGCUGCAGCUCCACAACAAUAGCGGCGGCCACCAGAAGACGUCGGUGUCCGUGUCCAUGUCCUGCCUGCACGGGCUCACCGGCAGCGGCGGCGGCUCCGGCGUGGUCAAGCCGGCAGCCAUAAUCGGCGGCAACGCCGGGGGAGCUCCAUCGCAAAAACAGAAACACCACGGCUGCUGCAUGCGGCUCCGGAACCGGGGACACCGGGGGAGCAGCAGGGCAAGCCCCUAUAACAUCCCCGGAUCUAACAGCGACCAGGACUGGGACCAAAAAAUCAAACCGUGGAACAAAAAGAGGAUCAACGUGGAGGAGGACGAUCCGCACCGACUGCUGCAGGACUUAAUUUUGUCCGGGAACCUGAUUAAAGAGGCUGUGAGGAGGCUGCAGUUCUCCGGCGCAGACUGUGGAGACUUCCCCAAGACGGCGGACAGUGUGCCGUGCUGAGAGCCGGUGUGUCCCCCCCCUUU